GGGAAGAUGCCGGAGCGUGAAGGAGUUUGAGAAGCUGAAUCGGAUUGGAGAGGGCACCUAUGGCAUAGUGUACCGGGCCCGGGACACCCUGACAGAUGAGACUGUGGCAUUGAAGAAGGUGCGGAUGGACAACGAGAAAGAUGUAAUGCCCAUUAGCAGCCUGCGAGAGAUCACCCUGCUCCUGCAGCUUCGGCACCCCAACAUUGUGGAGCUGAAGGAUGUGGUUGUAGGGAACCAUCUGGAGAGUAUUUUCCUGGUGAUGGGCUACUGCGAGCAGGACCUAGCCAGCCUUCUUGAGAACAUGCAGACACCUUUUUCAGAGGCUCAGGUGAAGUGUAUCAUCCUGCAAGUCCUCAAGGGCCUGCAGUACCUUCAUGAGAACUACAUCAUCCACAGGGACCUGAAGGUGUCCAACCUGCUCAUGACUGACAAAGGCUGCGUGAAGAUAGCCGAUUUUGGACUAGCACGCUCCUAUGGGAUGCCAUCAAAGCCGAUGACCCCCAAAGUCGUCACGCUGUGGUACCGAGCGCCCGAGCUGCUGCUGGGAAUGACAACCCAGACCACCAGCAUCGACAUGUGGGCCAUGGGCUGCAUCCUUGCCGAGCUGCUGGCCCACAAGCCAUUGCUGCCAGGUACCUCGGAGAUCCACCAGAUUGACCUCAUUGUGCAGCUCCUGGGGACGCCCAAUGAAAACAUCUGGCCGGGUUUCUCCAAGCUGCCCCUGGUGAGUCAGUACACCCUGCGGAAGCAGCCCUACAACAACCUCAAGCACAAGUUCCCCUGGCUGUCGGAGGCCGGCCUGCGGCUGCUCAACUUCCUCUUCAUGUAUGAUCCCAAGAAGCGGGCGACAGCAAAAGACUGCCUGGAGAGCUCCUACUUCAAGGAGAAGCCCCUGCCCUGCGAGCCGGAGCUCAUGCCCACCUUCCCCCACCACCGCAACAAGCGGGCGGCCACCACCAGCGCAGGGACAGAGAGCCAGGCGAAGCGCAGCAAGCCCUGAGCCCUGGUCCAGGGGAGG